UCAUCGGUCUAUUUUCGGGUUCGUACCGUUUGGCUCACACAACAGACUGGUACCUGUGGACGCUGACAUCUUCAAUUUAAAUACUACAAUAUUGUAGAAAGAAUAUAAAUGGGUUAUUUUGCUACAUAGUUGCAUCAUGUAAGUCGACAUUGCUAUUUAAACUAGGAUUGCUGAGUCAUUCAUUAGUAAGUUAUGGCUGUCGACAGUCCGGAUAUGUGAGCUAUUAGUCAUUAAUUUAUUAAAAACUAUAAACGUUAGAAUGGCAAAUAUUCGUUUUGAACAUUAAGAAACUGUCUCCAAAGCUCUGCAAGAAUAGUCAUAAUAGUAAGACGUCCAGCACUCAGUAUAACAGUAUUUAGCAAGCAAGCAUGUCGGAGUCCGGUCACAGUCAGCCCGGUAUGUACGGACAGGGAAGGAGGAGGAGGCGACGGCGAGACCGAGACCCAGGACCGCCGGGUCAAAACCUCUCCGGCCCCAGUCGUGAUCGAGACUAUGUUCCCCGUGAGCGCAGGGAUGGGAGUGAGGAACCUACAGGACCUCUUCUACAGAAGACCCCCAUUAUUCUUGCUAAACCUCCUGGAGAGCGAAUAAGUUCCAAACCAAGUGCUCCAGCGAGUGGAGCCCCGUCUUUGGAAAAGCCGAUCAUGCUCAUUAAGACCAGAGAUGAAGGGGGGAAACCUGGGAACACUCCUGAUGUGCCUCCUUCAGCCUCAGGUGCAGGAAGUGUCAAACUGGAGAGGGAAGGUCAGCGGCCAACUCAACCCGUGUAUCAGAUCCAGAACAGAGGCAUGGGCUCAGCUGCGUCCGGUGGAGCUGUGGAUCCUGUGAUUGGCCAGACUAAGCUCCUCCCCCCUGAGAAGAUGAAGCACAGCAUUAAGCUGGUAGAUGACCAAAUGAAUUGGUGUGACAGUGCUAUGGAGUAUCUGCGAGACCAGACGGAUAUGUUGGUAGUGGGAGUUAUUGGGCUACAAGGCACAGGCAAGUCUACAAUCAUGUCUCUCCUGUCUGCAAACAGCCCUGAGGAAGACCAGAGGGCGUAUGUAUUCAGAGCUCAGACGCAGGAGAUCAAGGAGAGAGCUGGGAACCAGAGCAGUGGAAUCGAUUUCUACAUCACUCAGGAGAGGGUCAUCUUUCUGGACACACAGCCAAUUUUGAGCCCUUCAAUUUUGGAUCAUCUCAUUAACAAUGACCGCAAGCUUCCGCCUGAAUACAACCUCCCACAUACAUACGUGGAAAUGCAGUCUCUGCAGAUCACUGCCUUCCUCUUUACCGUAUGUCAUGUUGUGAUUGUGAUUCAGGACUGGUUCACUGAUAUCAACUUGUAUAGGUUUCUGCAGACUGCUGAGAUGCUGAAACCCUCGACUCCAUCUGCCAGUCACGACAGCACCGGCUCCUCAGGGGCAGAUGAUGGCUCUGAGUAUUACCCCCACAUAGUGUUCUUGCAGAACAAAGCGAGGAGGGAGGAGUUCUGUCCACGAAACCUGAAGAAGAUGCAUAUGGCAGUUGACAAGCUUAUGGCCCAUUCCCACCUAAAAUAUAAAGGCACAUUAUCCAUGCUGGAUUGUAACAUAUUCCCGGGACUGAGUCGAGACUACUUGGAGGCAGAAGUCAAUCUUUUCCUCUUGCCUAUGAUGGAGAAUGAUGGUGAAGAUGCUUUGACAAGAGCAGGUUCAGGCCCCCCUCUUUUCUCUCUGCUGCCUGGUUACAGAGGUCAUCCCAACUUUUCUUCUCUGGUUUCUAAAUUCCGCAGUCAGAUCCUGGCUAUGUCCCGCAGUCAGCUCUCACACACAAUCCUCACUGAGAAAAACUGGUUUCACUAUGCAGCUAGAAUUUGGGAUGGUGUUAAGAAGUCAUCUGCACUCUCAGAGUAUAGCCGACUGCUGUCAUAGACAUGAUGGUGUCAUGAAGCCGUUCAUUGCUAAAGAGGACUGGGCCUCUGCUCAGAUGAUUUCAGUCAGGAGGCCAUUCUCGGAGAGAAGAUUGGGCUACUGAAGUGCAGUAGCGCUGAAUGAGGUUUAACUAGCUUCUUCUGUGAGGCCUGGAUCACAACAGUGGAGUGCUUUACAGUUUGGGAGGAGUUGUAUUCUGAGUUGUUUAUUUUAUGAAAAUUAGCAGGUUCCUGACAAGGUCCAUCCAAUCAUGUGCUAAACUCAUUGUUAUUGCAUGAGAUGAUGUGCAAAGAUGUUAACAUUUUUAUUUAUAUAGUAAAAAUGUGAAGAGGCCUGUGAUUUUUAUAUUUUAUUCAACUGAUGUAAAUGAAACAGUAUGAUACAGCACACGUUGCUUUUCAAAUAUGUGUUUGAACAAAAAAUUGUAACUUGGAUGCAAUUGCAGCAUGAUUUUUUCCAUAUAAAUGAUUCAUGAGAUCAAAAAUAAAAAUGUUAUUUGUCUUA